CCCCUCCAUUUUUCUCUGCGUUGAAGAGAGAGAGAGAGAAACAGACCGAUCGUUGUAUGAAAUGUUGACUGGUGUGAUAGAGACGUAUGUAUAUACAACAGUAGUCUUGACUCUUGACAAAAUUUGUUUCUCUACGUACAACUAGGAAUAUCCGUCCAACAUGAGACUCGUUUGCGCCGCAUUAAAUUGCAGGUAUUCGUCAGAAAGUGAGGAUUCGUCGAAUGUCAGUUUUAUCAAUUUUCCCAACGAUGACACAGCUAAAGUAUGGGCGGAAUUUUGCGGCAGAUCGGAUUUGGUCGCCAAGUCGAAUGCAGAGUUGCAUUCGAAUUAUUACGUUUGCUCCCACCACAUUGAAGAUCACUGUUACGUGAGCAAAAUUGUUCCUGUCGUUCUAGAGGAAGGUACCGUUCCUACUUUAUUUAGGACCGACCUGACUACCGACGGCGAAAGCUCGAUAAAUAUGUUUGACAAAGAGCAGCAUCUCCAUCAAGUAGACGAUGGUGUGCCUCGAACGUACUGUGAUAUGAGUGUCAACGAGCUAGACGAGUAUCAUAAUAUCUCUGUUAGAUUUUCUAAUUUAUGUCGAAUCUGUGGCAAGUCCACUCUCGAUGGAAUAGACGUAUUUGCUGCCGAGGGUAUAGCCCUUAAAUUAAAAGAGAGGAUAAAUUUGCAUCUGCCCAUCUCAAUUGACAUAGACGAUUCAUUGCCACAGAAAGUGUGUACCGAUUGCUGUAAUAAGUUGGAAGUUGUACACUCGCUAGUCGUUUCAUGCCUGAGAACUGAUAUGCGUUUGAAACGGAUUCUAAAUGUCGAGAGAGAGCCAGAAUACGAGACCAAGUACAAUGCGUUGAUUGACGAAUUAGAGAUAAGUUCAUUGGGGAUAAGUUCAUUAGAGAUAAUUCAAGAAAUGUAUAUGAAUCAUAAUACGCAUUCUAAUUCGUUCACUAUAAAUAAGAUGAUAAACUCCGAUUCAGAAAUAAGUUUGAGAGGAUUGGGAAAUGGAGAAUCUUCUGAAAUACAGAAUAAUCAUUUUCAGAACAUGGCGAAGAGUAUUGUGCCAUUAGAACUUGGCACGCUGAUCCAAACUUGUAGACAAAUUAACUGCAAAAGUAACCUGACCGUUACGGAAGAAAUAUCAAAAGUUCAAGAUAAGACCCAGAAUGGAAGUCCUGACGUUUUAUGUCAGCAGUGCCAAACUUUUUGUGAAACACAGGAAAUAUUUGAAAAUCAUAAAAUAUUUUGUAGUAAGCAACAAAAUGUCUCCAAACAUGAUAUGUCUAUAACUACAGAAAGUGGAAGGUCUAUAACGUGCAACGAAAGGUUCCAAGUUAUCGAUAAUGUUAAAAGCUGUGAAUCAGUACAUUGUACUGUUUGCAACCAAUCGUUCAAAUGCCAGCAGGAUUAUGAUAAUCACAAAUGCCUUCAUACUAAUCUUGAAGUAGAUAAAAGAUGCGGUCAUUGCGAGAAAGUAUAUCGCAAUAGAAAAGACUUGUUAAUUCAUAUCAUGGAAUCGCACGGGGGACGGUUAUCAUUUAAGUGCUCUACGUGCGAUAAAACUUACGAGAAAUGGUCUAGUUUAGAUAUUCACGAAGCUACUCACAGAACAGAUAAGCCUUAUCUGUGCGAUCUGUGUGGAAAAAGCUUCAAACAUUCCAAUAAUUUAAGAGGUCACAAAAGAACUCAUUUGGACGAAUCUAUAAAGAAGAGGCACGUGUGCGAGAUAUGUGGCAAUGCGUUUAGAUCACGAUUUCAUUUGCGGGAACAUAUGAAUCAUCAUGAUGGCAACAGACCAUAUUCUUGUGAACAGUGCGGGAAAGCCUUCUACAGGAGGAUUCAAUUGCGACAACACAAGUUAUCUCAUGGCUUCAAUAGACACACAUGUCCGAUUUGCGGUGCGACAUUUAAUCGUAGAGGAAACAUGAACACACACAUGAAACGGCAUAAUAACGAUAGUGGAGGCUAUACAUGCAGCGUUUGCGCAUACAGAUGUAAAACCAUGAGCGAAUUAAAGAUACAUAGGAAAAAGCAUACCGAGGAGGAAAUAGCGGACAGUAUUAAGAAGAAAUGUAACGACAAGGAGAUAUGGCGUUGUGACAUUUGCAGUAAGAUAUUCCCGAGACGCGCUGUCUUGUUAAUUCACCAGCGCGUACACGGAGACGAUAAGCUUUACGAAUGUGACGAAUGUGGCAAGAAAUUAGCAAGUAAAAGUUCGCUGACGUAUCACAAGAGGUCGAUGCAUUUGAGGGAGAGGCCGCACAUGUGCCACUAUUGCGGAGACUCGUUCGUCUCGAAAGAGGCACGGCUGAUCCACGAGAGGAUACACACCGGUGAACGCCCAUAUAGCUGUAAGGUGUGCAACAUGCGGUACAGAUGCUCCAGCAAUCUCAGCCAGCACAUGAAGAUCCACGCGGGUCUGAAGCCACACAAGUGCCAUUUCUGCAACAAAGGUUUUACGCGUAAAGGUGCGCUAACCGUCCACGAAAGAAUCCACACGGGUGUUAAGCCUUUCCCUUGCGAGACUUGUGGUAAAAGCUUCUCGCAGAAGAAUGACAUGUUAAAGCACGCAAAACGUGCAACGGCGGAUCGAUGCGGCGCGGCUGGUCUAACGAGAUCUUUAAACGAAAAAAAUACGUCAAAGCGUACUGCAGUGCACGAACAAGAUAACUUGGCAAUUUCAAAUAUUAAUUUAUCACAUUCUUCAAGUUUAUGUCAAUAUUAAUGGCUCUUGGAGAAUUAAGUAAUUUUAGUAGUAUCCAUGUGGUGAAUAUGUACAACGAAUCAAACAUUAGAGUUUCCUAUGAGAAGAGCAGAUUAAAAUCUACUUUUACCCAAUUAUUAUCGUAAGAGUUUCCGAUUAGUACAAGUUCUUAAAAAACGCAAAAAAUGAUCAAAUUUGUAUAGCCGAAUACUUGUGUGGAUGGAGGCUUCGAGUUAUCAGCAAAUGAAUAACGAUAUAAGGAUAUCCUAGGAAUACAGAUACGAGUGAGAUAAAACUGUCUUGCUGCUGGUAAAACAAUAUGUCUGGCCGAUUAUAUACCCUUAUUGGAUAUGUCAGUAUCCAGAAGCGAAGAGAAUCCACGUAUUUACGCGUCGGAAAGAAUCAAAUGUAUCUACAUCUUCGAUAUGCAAAUGUCUGGCAAAUUCUCCGAAUGUCGGAAGAGCAGAACAUGAAGCUCCAUAAAGAUGAUAUGCAAUUUAGGCGAUUUAAUGGAGUCUGAUGACAAUAUUCCGCACAAGAUUAUAAUUUGCUAACAAAUUGCAUCGGCGUCCGUAAUAUGAGAAAAUGAAGAUCGCAUCGCAAAUCGUGUCUCGUGAUGUCUUGAAUGUAACUUGCUGGACUCGGGCUUGGUGAACAGUCGUCCGAAGGCACUCGUUUAUAACUCACAGGCAGCCUUCUUUGGUGGUGCAAUAAAAGUCGUUGUUAUAUAUAGAAUAAUACUCUUUAUUGUUUUUGAUAGUUGUUGUUUUUCAUAUUCAUGCGUUGCAGUUUCUUUUUACUCAAAAUUUUUGUCAUUCAUUGUCCAAUUAAACAACUCCCCGUUUUACUGUUAGUUCUGCUGCUGUUGUUGCUAAUAUAUUUUGGUAGAACAGUACGUGAUACAACUCCACGAUUUUAGAACAAAGAGAAACGAAAGGAAAUGGCGACACGCCCGAUCACUCGCGAACACACGUGUGCCGUAUUAAUCGUCGACCGCAUAUAGGACUAGAGUAAUUGCGAUUUUUCUCCCGUGUGACAUUCGUUGGCCGAUUUUAUAUAUUUUUCUCAAUUCCUAAAUGAUCGAGGAGCACACGUGCUUUUGUGCGCAAGUAAAAACGUGGGUCCGAUCGAGUCGCGUGCGUUUUCGUCUCGCUCGCCCCAACGGCGACGACCGACGGCCGAGUGGUCUUUUUCACAAAGUUUGUCAUACGUUCAUGGUAAUUUGCAAUGUUAUUUCCCUAUUUUUCUUUUCAGACGCAACGGCCUCGCAGUGCCACGCUCUUACGUUAUGGUCGAGUGAUCGGCGCGUGGUCGUCGACGAUACAAUUACGCAUCUCUCAGAGUAUAAUCUUCGGCUCUGUUAAAACGCGCGUACCCGGCACGCGCGUUGCGAGCGCACGGCGUCAGGGUCGAAUCAAGGCGGAUGACUCGGAGAGAGUUUGCUGGAGAACGCGGAAUAAUUUUCAGCGACGUCUCCACUCGAUCGCUCGCGUACGGUCAGUCUCGCAGACUCGUGUUUACUCGCGAACGGAAGCGAAAGCGAAGCACCAAAGAUGUUGCUGGGGCAGCGCGAGAGAACGCUCCCGAACUCUCGACUAACGCGCUUCCGGACAGUGCUGAUGUGACCCGGAUGAUUCGAAAGUGCCGCUGUGCCGUGCGUUUGCUCGACGCGGCCGACGACACCGCCCCGACUCGCAGCCGCCCCCUUUUUUCUCUCUCUCUUUCUCUAUCUCUCCUUUAUAUCCCAUAUUACUCUCUCGUUUUCUUUAAAUUAAUUAUCUCUGUGUAUGUGUUUCUCUCUGUAACCAUCGUUCUUCGCGCUACUAUUUACAAUGUACACACAUAACAUUGUGCAUCCUUCCUGCCCUAAUUUCUUACGACGGCGUCGAAUCACGCGCGCCCGAUCGCUUCCCAAUCGACGGCUGUUCGCCAUUGUCUCCUAAUUUACAACCUUCUUGAGAUGAAGGAACCGAAUCGAAUAAAAAAAAAUCGGUUCGCGCGAUGACGGCUUAGACCUUGUGUGACGCAAAGAUAAAUUCUCGAUCAGACAUCAUCAUAGAAAAUUUAUUUAUAUUGUAAUAUACUUGAGCUCGGUGUGGAAACAAAUUACGAGUUUAAUGUGAAUCUUUUGCGCUAGGAAAAAAAAGUACGUUUUGAUGUAAAUCUCGCGCAAUCGAUAAAACGCAACGAUCUUUGAUCGUAAAGUUGGUUCGAACAGAUUGCUCGAUAAACACGAGAAAAAGGAAAAAAAAAGUCGACCAAUACUACUGUGAAUGGCCGCGAGCCGUCAUAAGCGCGAGUGGGAAGGAAUUUUGUCCGAAUGUCACCGCGAUGAUGAGGAAGAAUCGAUCGCGUGCUCGUCGCCGCCUCGUAUUAUUUACCAAGAUAAAUAUAUACAUAUAUAUGCAUAUAAUAAUAAUAAUAAUCUUAUACACAUAUACACGCACACG